AGGCGUGUGCGCCUCAUCUUCAGCGGCAGGUGACGUUCUACAGGGAGCCUUUGCAGUCGGACCAGAUUGUGGCGUACGCACUGUACAGGUGGGCUUCAGGUCGUUGUCGACUUGGACUUGUGUUUGCUGGACGUGCACAUGGGAUACCCCGGUAGCUGCCACGACAUCAGGGUGCUGCAGUUGUCCAGCCUGUCGCUGUGCGCGGAGGAGGGGUCGUUGUUCUGCGGGCCCCCUGUCACACUGCCGUUCGGUGUGAAGACGAACGGUUACCUUGUGGCGGACAAUGGGUACCACCCUGCCGAAUGGAUGGUCGUCCCGUACGGCGGUAUCAAUCAGAGCGUCGAGCAGGAGCGGUUCGACAACAAGCAGAAGGUGGCAAGGGGAGCGGUGGAGAACGCGUUCGGCAGGCUGAAGGGCAUGUGGCAUAUGUUUCUCCGAACACACAAGACAAACCUGGAGACGCUCCCGCAGCAGUUCACCGCCGUCUGCAUACUGCACAUCUUACUAAUCGACGCGGGGAUCCCCUUCGACGAGAAUCUGCUGUGGGAGGUCGACGGUAAUGGUGUGCGACGACGAGUGGACCUGGGGAUCGAUGAGCUCCUCCAGCCUGUGUCGAUGUUAACGUCGACCCGCGAAGCCUUAUCCCUGAGGCAUGCUUUGGCGGAACGAAUGAAACAAAAAUGAGUCGUGUAUCAUUCAUGGAUGACAGCACAUGAAGAUGGCUUAAUUGCAAC